AUGGCCACUCGACCAGAUGGUCUUCUAGACGAGAUUAUCUCCAGACUCCUGCCUGUGAACGAUCUCAACAUGCAUAUCCUGGAAGCUGGUGAUCCUUCAUUGCCCCUCGUUAUUCUUCUCCAUGGCUUCCCAGAGCUGGCGUAUUCAUGGCGCAAGGUGAUCGUGCCGAUUGCUCAGAUGGGCUUUCACGUAGUUGCGCCGGACAUGAGAGGUUACGGCCAGACGACCAGUCGUACUGCGCCAUCGUUCCCUAUCAGGUUCGAGGACGACCUAGGUCCCUUCCGGGUUAUCAACAUCGUGCGAGAUGUAGUGGCACUAGUCUUCGCUCUGGGAUACACGAGCGUGGCCUCUAUUGUAGGUCACGACAUGGGUUCCGGUGUCGCAGCGCUGUGCGCCCUUAUCCGUCCAGCCAUGUUCCGGUCUUUGGUCAUCAUGUCCACGCCGUUUCCCGGACCACCUCCCUUAUUGUUCAAAGUGGACCCGGUUAAACCCCCUCCUUCUCCGUUGAACAUCUUUUCUCCCGAAGUCAAGGUGCAGCUUGCUGCUCUCGACCCCCCCAGGAAAUAUUACGUACCAUAUUUCGCUGGCGAAGACGCCAAUCGCGACAUGAUGAAUGCCCCGCGCGGACUUCACGCGUUCAUUCGUGCGUAUUACCAUAUGAAAAGCGCGGAUUGGCCUUUGAAUGAGCCUCGGCCACUGGAUUCUCCGGAUCCUGCCAAGGUGGCAGAGCUGCCUCAUUACUACAUGAUGCCGCUCGAGGCAACCAUGCCCCAGGCUGUGGAACCACACGCACCAUCCGCAGAUGAAGUCGCGGCCAACACCUGGUUGACGGAGCGCGAGCUUGCCGUAUAUGUGUCGGAGUAUGGACGGACAGGCUUUCAAGGCGGGCUGAAUGGUUAUCGCGCUUACCAGCCCCAAUAUUUCCAGGAAUUGCAAAUAUUUUCUGGGCAGAAGAUUGAGGUGCCGGCGAUGUUCCUGGCCGGCAAGCAAGAUUGGGGCGUCUUCCAGAUACCUGGCGCGCUGGAUAGAAUGAAGUCACAAGCCUGCAGCAACUUGGCCGAGGAAGACUUAGUGUUAGUUGACGGUGCCGGACAUUGGGUGCAGCAGGAGAAGCCCGAAAGGACGGUCCUUGAGCUCAAGCGAUUUUUUGCAAAAGUGAGCAUACAAUAA